GGGGAUUAAAGUGAUAGCUUCUAUUUUUUAUACAAAAUAAUAUGUGGAGAAAUUAUUAUUAUUAUUAUUGUUAUUUUAAAGAACAGCUUUUUAUUUUAUUUUAUUUUAUUUUAUUAUUGUUUGUAUUGUCUCAUUUCAACAUUUAAACUGUAGAUGACAAAUUCGUUUAAACCGACAACUUGGGCUAGUAUUCAUAAUGCUACGUUGCCUGCUGAAGGAGCAGGUAAUCAAACAUUUGAUAAUCGUAUCUUGGUAGGUGCUGCAUUAGGUAUCCCUGCUUUUUUAGCCUUCAGUUUAGGACUUCCAUUUUGGGCUUUCUUAGUUUUAACAGUAGUCCUCUUUUUACCUAUCUUGGCUUGCACUCUUUAUUUAUUUUCACGUUUUGCUCCUCGUUAUCGUAAUUCUAUUCCACUUCCUGGUAAACCUAUUGAACAUUAUUUAACCUUCCACGACCCUGAGCUUAAAAACCGAUACAGGGGACGUAAUAAGAUUCCUAUGGAAACUUUCUUUGAAGCUUAUUUCGUUGGUAAAGUAGACUUUAACGGAGAUCCACUUGAGAUCAUGGAACUUCGUCAUGACUGGGCAGCCUUCCAAUUCACAUAUGGUCAAUUCAAGUUCUUUUUAACUCAAUGGUUACCUGAAACCUUUUGGCACUCUCGCGAACAAGACGAAAAUCAAGUCCGUGAUCAUUAUGAUCGUGGUAAUGACUUUUAUGAAGCAUUUUUAGGUCCUCUUAUGGUAUAUACCUCAGGUAUCAUCUCUGACCCCACUAAACGUGAAACAUUAGAGGAGAUGCAGGAAAAUAAAAUGAAAUUGAUUUGUGAGAAGCUUCAUUUGAAGGAAGGUGAACGACAUUUGGAUAUUGGAUGUGGAUGGGGUACUUUAGUGGCUUAUGCUGCUAAGGAAUACAAGAGUCAAUCUACAGGUGUUACAUUGGCUCGUAAUCAGGUAGCCUUUGGUGAAAACCGUAUUAAGGAUUGGGGAGUUCAAGACAAUGCUAAUUUACUCUGUAUGGAUUAUCGUGAUAUUCCCAAGAAUCAAAAAUACAAUAAGAUUACGGCAGUAGAAAUGGCUGAACAUGUUGGUCUUCGUCGUUUCCAAACUUUCCUUCAAGAAAUUCGUGAACUUCUUGAAGAUGAUGGCCUUUUCUAUAUGCAAGUUGCUGGUUUAAGAGCUACAUGGCAAUAUGAGGAUUUCAUUUGGGGUCUUUUUAUGGCCAAGUAUAUUUUCCCUGGUGCUGAUGCUUCCACUCCCUUAUAUUGGUACAUUAAACAAUUAGAAACUGCUGGUUUUGAAAUUCACAAUGUAGAUACAGUAGGCGUUCAUUAUUCCGCCACACUUGAAAGAUGGUAUGAAAACUGGAUGAAAAAUAAGGAUGCCAUGAAGGCUAAAUAUGGAGAAAAGUUAGUUCGUAUUUGGGAAAUUUUCCUUUCUUGGUCUGUCAUUUCUUCACGUCAAGGUAGUGCCACUUGUUUCCAAAUUACUGCUAACAAGAAUCGUAAUUCAUUUGACCGUGCUGCUUUAAUUUGUAACCGUACUAAUCCUACUGCUUGGACCAAAUAAAUUGAUAUCCAUCAAAUCAACGCUUUUUUUUUUUCUUUGGACUCGGUUAAAACAUUGUUAUGAAAAGGAAAAAAGAAAAAGAAAAACUGUUCAAAUUUUUUAAAUAAAAAAAAAAAAUAGAUAAAUUAUAA